CAGUAAUGAUCUUUUCUGUGAAGUGUUGGUCUUGGGCAUUACAUCGAAUCCAAUUAUUCUGGCCAUGUCUUCGGUCUACCUUCUGUUGAUCAGAAAUCUUACUUUAAUUGUUGUGUUUGGCUUUCUCACUGCUCAUGCUCACAAACUCCAAGGUCAACUUUGCAAGUCUACUUGCCCAGAUGUGCAGAAGGGGCAAAUGCACACCUAUAGAUACAGUACAACAAUAGCAAAUGCCCUGAAAGGUCCAUCAUUAGCGGGAAAUCAAUUAGCUUUGGACUGUGUUGUUGACAUUGAUGUUCGACAAGGAUGUCCAGAGAUGAUUCUAAAGAUGAGGAACAUACAAAUAAAGCAUAGCUCAUCGAAGAGAGACAAUUCUGUGCUACGCUUGAAAAACAUUAGAGAGUCAUUGGAGAAGAACCCCCUGCAGUUCUCGCUUGAGGGGGGAAAGGUCACAAAGCUCUGCCCACAGGAGGCUGAGCAGGUGUGGACCCUAAACAUCAAGAGGUCCAUUCUGAGUAUGCUCCAGACCUCUGACUCGGGACGAGCUAGGGAAACAGUGAAAGAGACCGAUGUGUACGGGACAUGCACAAGUUCUUAUGAACAGAGGGGAACAUCACUGAUAAAAACCAGAAACCUGCAGCAGUGUCUUAGUGACAGAAUCGGUCAGUUUUGGAGGCACUCGGUCCCGCUAAAGGAGGGCGGGAAAACAGUGAAGGCCAGCCUCACAUGCAUCCAGCUCUACGAUGGGACAAUGAUGAACAAGGUGAACUGUACCGAAAUAGUGUCACUGGUUCCACUACCAGGCCCGUUAGAAGUAACAGAAACCAAGACCAUUUCAAGCCUAACUCUCCUCAGGACACUUGAAGUGAUACCAAUGAGUUUGGUACAGAACACAGGCUAUUUGAGUGGUCUUGUGUUUGAGUCUGGAGUCCAGAAUCCAGGCAGACAUGUUGGAUCUUCAGUUCAGGAGGUUACCAACAGUGUGAGGAGGUUGUGCGCUCACCUCUCAGAUCAACAGCAGCAGUCAGAGCUCCUCUUGGGUCUAAUGGUUCAGCUGAGGACCUUGUCGUCCCAGCAGUUGAGAGAAUUGUGGAAUGAGGCCUCCUUCAAAUGUCGAGAUGACUGGCAGCCCCUGUUAGAAACACUGUCAGCGUGUGGAAGUGAGGCUUGCAUCCUAUUCACUACAGACCUCAUACUGAACAAAGAAGUUGACCAGGAGCAAACCUUGGCUCUCCUCAAUACUAUCACCUUUGCUCCCUACCCCACAUCAUCUAUGAUUAACCACACCAGUGCCCUGCUGCAGUUUCCUAUUAUUGGUCCAAAAGCACUGCUGGUUGUCUCUUCGCUGGUCCACAGACUGUGUCAACGAAAUCAGACCCCUUGCAAUGAGAUUACAGAAGUCCAACAGUUUGUCCAUGUUCUGAAGCAAAGACUUGAGGGAGGAUGUGUAGUGGAUGACCAGUCAGAGAUCACAGAGUUGCUACAUGUGUUGAAAGCUGUGGAGAACGCAGGCAUGGCAGAUCUCAUUCCAUCACUGAGCCGCUGUGUACAAGAUCAUACUGUGUUGUUGGAGCUUCGGCUGGCUGCUAUACGAGCGUUCAGGAGAAUACCAUGCCAUAUGAAUAGGAAAGUCCUUGCUUGGGCAUUUCAGAGACAAGAUGAAAAUGUGGAGGUCAGAAUUGCAGCAUACCAGCAACUAAUGCACUGCCCAAACCAGGACAUCUUCAGAAUUGUAAAGACAACUUUAAGCAUCGAUAAGUCCAGUCAAGUUGGGUCGUUUAUUUGGAGUCACCUGUUUAAUAUCCAGAAGACAGAAGACCCCCUGAAGAAAGAUCUGAUGGAGUCACUGCCAGAUGACAUCAUUAGUAAAGACUUUGAAGCCGAGCCGUGGAAAUAUUCCUCACACAUGGACUACACAGUGGAUACAGGAGUGGCAGCUGCAAACAUGGAGGGAGCCGUAGUUUUCUCCCCUGAAUCUUUUCUUCCACGUUAUGCUAUGGCGAAUCUGACAGUUCACAUCCUGGGCAGAGCAUUCAAUCUUUUGGAGAUCAGUUUUAGAAUGGAAAACCUCGAGCUGAUUCUGAAGAACAUGUUUGAGGAACAUCCUCUAGCAUCAGCUGAUAACUCCAGACCUAAAGACUCUAUGGCGUAUGAGCAGAUGGAAAUGAACAGUGAUGAGGAGCGGGUGGACAUCUCCAGAAAAGGCUGUCAAUCAUCAGUUUUAGAUUCCAUUAGGUCUAAGUUCACAGGGCAGAGGAAAAGAGACAAAGCGUUCAGAUGCUGGAUUAAUGUGAAGAUGUUUGGCAGUGAUGUCAGCUUUUUGACAUGUGAUGACCUCCACGCAUUUCAGAGAAAAUUGUCACUCAACACAGCUGGACUUGUUGUGAAGUUGUUAAAGGGUCAAGAGAUUAAAAUCAGUCAAAGGCCAAUAGUGAUGGCAGAAGAACUGGUUUUACCGUCCCUCUCCGGUCUACCCAUGAAGCUGAGCCUCAACAUGUCCACAGUCUUCACAAUGAGACUUAAAGGCACUGCAAACUACAAGAACUGGUCACAUUUCUCAACGGCUGGUUAUGUCAAACCAAAUGCAUUCGUUGCCAUCUCUGUGAGAGCGGGAGUGGAUGGAGCAUUUGGUCGUGUGGGGUCAGAGUGGGUCACUCAAUUUAAAACCUCCACCAGCUUAGAUGGAGGUGUAUAUGUGCACCAUGGCCAGAGCGUAAAGGUGGCCCUCAACACUCCAGAAGAUGUCAUCGAUAUUUUUACCUUCAGCUCCAGGAUGUUUCAUGUGAGCGGGGACACUAGAGAGGAGCUCACAGCCAUGAGAAAUCUCAAAGAGAAGAACACAUGUACUCCUAAAGCAUUGUCUAAGAUGAUUGGAUGGCAGUUGUGCUCUGAUCUCACCUAUCCCUUGACACCGAGAGGCUUCCCACUUCUGGGACCUGUUCUUUUUAGUCUGAGACUACAAAAAUUGGACAAAAGUCUCAAGCAGUAUCUCAUGGAGGCGGCCUAUACUUUUGUACCUCAGAGGAAUUCCUGGAUGCCCCAAGAAGCCACUUUGCUUCUCUUUCUUGGCACGCCACAAUCCACUUUCCCCAGAGAUGUUUCCCUGGACCUGAAUUUUAAUCCAAAGAAGAUGAUUCUGAAAAUAACCCAUCCCCUAAAAACCAUUCUCAUUCAAGGACAGCUUGAACAAUUAAACAACCAACAUUCCGGUAGAAUCGAACUACUGAUAGACAACAUCCACCAUUAUUUUAUCAAAGGCCUAAUGGAGACGGUGAAUUCUGCUUCGGAGACCCGAGCCCACUUUCAUCUAGAUGCCAAAGUAGUGGCAGAUGGUCAUCCAAUAACCCUGUCUGUCAACACCACACACGCUCGCAGCAGAAAGAUCACAGUACAGGCACUGCUUAAAAAUGUUUUCAAUAAGGAUGCAUCACUCUCAGUGCAGCUGGAGAGAGGUUUGGAAGAUGGCCAAAGACACUAUUCUGUAGAUGCAGGUUUUCAUUUGCCUAGCGUAGUGAGCAUAAGGGCUCUUGGGCUACUAAAGCAAAAGGGCACAGAAUGGAGCUCUGCUUUGAGACUGAAGUGUGGUGUACAAGAGGAUCCACAACACAUGCAAGAGUGUCACAUGACUCAGAAUUUACAUAGUGAGUCUGACGCCGUCCAGACCUACCGUAUAACAGCAGCACAUGAACUCUACUGUUCUCACUUUUUCAACCUAAACCACAAGAUUCAGCUCAGACAUGAACGGAGUCCAAUCCAUGUCCAUUCCUCACUUGAUAUAAGUUAUGGGAAGCAAUGGAACCAGAGCAGUAACAAACACAGGAUCCUCUUAAACCAGUCGCUUAGAAACCAGUCUGGACCUGCCCUCACCAGUUAUGCUGUUGAGCUCAGCUUGCGUCUUCUAGACAGGGGACUGAAUUUCAGAACACAGCUACUGCACUCUCAUUUUAAGAGACCGAAAUCUGAGAGUAGCACCCAUCUUAAAAUCAAUUACAACAAUCAAAUGCCUCUGGUAGCCGGACUGCACUGGAAGAAUUUGUCAGCAAAAGCCUCACUUCAAAACUGGGAAGGUUCAUUCAACAUGGACACACCCUGGCUCUAUGUGUACGCAACCCAAAAACUGACUCAGCCCCAGCGUGGCAUCUCGCAUUUCAAUUCUGAGAUCAACACCCGGAAACUGGUGAACAUCCCAACUGUUACACUGGUGGGCUUCUAUAAGGAUAGGGGUAAAGAGAGGCAGGGCCAGCUGCACCUUUUCACUCCCACUCUCAGCUAUAUCAAGCUUGGUGGCUGGUGUUUGCUUGGCAAGCGUGGGGUUAAGGGUUCAUACUCAAUCGGCACAGCUUGGACACCAAUCCUACAUGGAGAGAUCUCUCUAGGCAAUGCCAAGCAUGAUAAGACACUGGAAAUAAGUGGAGGUUGUGGCAAGCAAGACUUUAACAUUUCUGCAGUUCUUAGUACACUUGAUAAGAAAUUGAAGAAGAGAGUUUUAAUGACGACAAUGACCCUGUCGGAUCUUAAAACCCCUUAUGUGGAGUUUCAUAUGGAGGGUGCCACAGAGGAGAUGAGAAAGGACAGGAGGAUUUAUCAGAAACGAUGGAGGCUACACUUCAGACAGCCGUUCAAGUUUAUUCCUCAGAGUUUAAUGCUCCAGGAGACAUUUACAAUUGCUCUGUUUCAAAAAAUGUACACUUUAGAAUCAAAGGUUCUUGUCAAUGGAAACAAAAAGGCCAUUCAUGUGCUUACUCUUGGUUACCAGCCUCAGCAUCCAUAUGUGUGCUCCUCUUUAGUCCAGUCUUUCAGCACUGACAGAAUCCCUCAAGAUUCAAAAAUCUGUGUCACUGUCCAAAACAACCAGACUGUGCGUGAUAUUAUGUGGCAGUUGUGGACUGGAAAGGAGGAAGUGCUUUCGGUUCUUGGUCAAGUUCAUCUUGACAUAACUUCAGCAUCUCAGCAAUGUAUUACAAUUAAAGUCAACCUCUAGCAGCUACUAAAGCCAAAUUACCCAACCUCUGUCAGCCUGGAUGUUAAGGCUCACAGGAGCCACAAGAAGACCAGCGAGUUUGAGUAUCAUUCUGAUGUGAAAGCAAC